AUGGAGCAGAAAAAACACGACCUCGAGGAGGGCAUUCUGUGCAUGAAGCUGGAGGUGCAGACGGCCCUGGCGACAUCGCAGCCGAUGCUGAUCGACCGCGUCGUAGAGGUCCUGGGCGCGAACCUGCAGUUCCGGCGGCGCUGCCAGCUGCUCGGGCAGAGCCUGGAGUACGCGAUCUCAUCCGCGCGCAUGGUGCUGCGGAGCCUGGGAGAGCGGCCUGACAUCGCACCUCUCGACGCCAAGGGCGGGGGCGUGGCCAAGAGGUGGCGGGUGGAAUUCGACGAGAUGCGGCAGACCAACCACGCGAUGAUCGGGGCACUGCGCCAUCCAGACGCCACCAUGGCUCUGCCGGGAACGGCGCUCGAGGAGCAGAUCGACCACAAUUGGCCAAUCUGGCGGGCGCCGAGGGUGCAUACUGAGUAUCUUCGGCACGCCCGAGGGGCGCUGCCGACCUGCAAGGAGCGGGCGCGCGAGCUCCUCGAGGCGCAGCUGCCCGCCCUGCUCGAGUGCAAGCUCGCGAUCCAGCAGUGCGCCGCCGUGGGCGCGGGCGUGCCGGACGCGGAGCUCGUCGGGAGGAGUUUGGCGUCGGCGCAGGCGGCCCAGGCCGAGGCGCGGGAGUUCCUGACGUCCAACGAGGUGGACGUGUCCGACAUCGUGCCCACCAAGUUCGUGGAGGAGAUGCUGCCGCACCCGGCGGCCUUCCAGAAGUACAAGAGCCCAGAGGCCGUCGGCGGAGACCACUACCUGCCAGUGUUGCGGCUGCUCACGUACAACAUCUUCAUACGCGCGCCCGCGCCGCAAUUCACCCACAACACCGACGACGACAGGAAGGACGAGAGGCUGUCGCGGUUCGUGGAGCACCUCUCUCGCUACGACGUGGUCUGCCUCCAGGAGGCAUUCGGCUCUUUCUCCCACCGGAUCGACUGGCUGGUCGGCGCGGCGAGAGAGCAGGGAUUCCACGAGUUCCACAGGUCGACCACGAACGUGUGGCCUCGCUACUUCAUCGACGGGGGCCUGAUGAUCAUGUCGCGCCUGCCUAUUGUUGCAAGGUCCGCUACCACGUUCGAGCCUGGCACCUACAUCGACAGACUCACCGCCAAGGGCGCCCUCCACGCGAAGGUCCGGUGCGGCACCGCAGGCCCUUUCCUGCACGUGUGCACCACCCACCUGCAGAGCACGUACAACGAGGAGACCUUCCGGCAGUCGAGCAGGGUGCGGCGCUCCCAGAUCGGCCAGCUGGUGCACUUCCUGCGGCAGGCGGCGCCCCCCGGCUGGGAGAUGCAGCGGGAGCUGCGCGCUCCUUCACGGGACUUGGCGGACAGUUUCGCGCAGCCGUUCGCCGAGGAGCCCAAGGAGGCCAACGGGGAACCCUGCAGCCCGGGCAGCGCCAUCUCCGGCCCCCGCGCCGGCCGGGUCGCGCCGGCCGCGGCCACGCCGCCGGAGCUCCACAAAUGA